AUGGCGGCACGCAGCUUGCGGAAGGUUGUGUUGGCCAUCAGUGUCUUUGGCUCACUGGCUGAGAACCUGGCGGAGAUCAGCCAGCUCUUUCAAAAGGUGGACAGCUCAAAGCCGCUGACCAUGCUGAACGCACCGGAAGUGGCCGCUUCUCCCGCUGCAAACGUUGGCUCGGGCGAAAGGGAUCGAACCACCUGCCGCGGAUGUGACUGCUACCACCGCUGGAUGGGUCAGGACUAUGCUGGGCUGACUUACUGCACGGAGUUCACCGAUGCCAAUGAAGCCACAGCUGGGGAACCGGCCAACAUGCGUUGCUUGGUGCAUGACUCCCACUGCGAGGGUUCAGCGGAGGGCAGAUGUGGCCCAAACUGUCCUCGCUACACCACGAAUGGCUGUGAAUGUGCCAAGAGCUGGGUGCAGGAAGGUCACGAGGAGUGCCACGACUCCUGCUGCAAUCCUACAGGUGAUUUGCAGACUGAUUCCUGGUGUAUGGUCACUGACCCAGCCUGUCAGGGCAUGUCGUGGGGCCCUUGCUCUCCAGAGCCCAUGAAACAUCCACACGAGCGGUUGACUGCGAAGGGCUGUAAGUGCUCCAAUGGUUGGAGUGUCAAGGUUGGAGAGGAAUUGGAGUAUUGUCAUACCUUUUGCUGCACCCCGGCAGGCUUAGGACUGGAAGGUGAAGUCUGCGUCGUUGAAGAUGAAGGCUGUGAAGGCAUGAGCAUCGGCCGCUGUAAGGCAUGA